AUGUCGCUGCAGAGAAUCGUGCGUGUGUCCCUGGAGCACCCCACCAGCGCCGUGUGUGUGGCUGGCGUGGAGACCCUCGUGGACAUUUAUGGGUUGGUACCUGAGGGCACGGAGAUGUUCGAGGUCUACGGGACACCAGGUGUGGACAUCUACAUCUCUCCCACCAAGCACAGGGACCGGGAGCGUGCCGACACCAGGCGGUGGCACUUUGAUGCGGGGACAGAGAUCAUCGUGGUCAUGAACUCCCCCAGCAAUGACCUCAAUGACAGUCAUGUUCAGAUUUCCUACCACUCCAGCCAUGAGCCCUUGCCCCUGGCCUAUGCAGUGCUCUACCUCACUUGUGUUGACAUCACCCUGGAUUGUGACAUGAACUGUGAAGGCAGAGGGGACAGGAGCUUUGUGGACAAGCGGCAGUGGGUCUGGGGGCCCAGUGGGCAUGGAGCUAUCUUGCUGGUGAACUGUGACCGAGAUGAUAGGAGAUGUGGCAAACGGGACAACUGUGACCAGCACGUGAGCUGUCUACAAGACCUGGAAGACAUGUCCAUCAUGGUCCUGAGGACCCAGGGCCCUGCUGCCCUCUUCGAUGACCACAAACUAGUCCUCCACACCUCUCACUAUGAUGCCCAGCGGGCACGUGUCUUCCAUGUCUGUGGUCCCGAGGACUCAUGUGAGGCCUACCUGCAUGUGCUGGGCCAGGACAAGGUGUCAUACAUGGUGCCCCGCUUCCAUGGGGACGAGGAGCGUUUCUUCGUGGAAGGCCUCUCCUUUCCUGACGCUGGCUUCUCUGGGCUCAUCUCCUUCCACGUCACCCUGCUGGAUGACUCCAAUGAGGAUUUCUCUGAGACCCCAGUCUUCACUGACACUGUGGUAUUCCGUGUGGCUCCCUGGAUCAUGACACCCAGCACUCUGCCACCCCUGGAAGUAUAUGUGUGCCAUGUGAGGAACAACACGUGUUUCGUGAAUGCAGUGGCAGAACUGGCAGAGAAGGCCGGCUGCAAGUUGACCAUCUGCCCACAGGAUGAGAACCGCAAUGAUCGCUGGAUCCAGGAUGAGAUGGAGCUGGGCUACAUUCAGGCGCCGCACAAGACCUUCCCAGUGGUCUUUGACUCCCCACGGAAUGGGGAACUGCAGGACUUUCCUUAUAAACGAAUCCUGGUGAGUGGUCCCAGGUCAAGGGGCCGCAGGGUCACCCAGGUUGUCCGGGACUUCCUCCACGCCCAGAAGGUGCAGCCACCCGUGGAGCUCUUUGUGGACUGGUUGGCAGUGGGCCAUGUAGAUGAGUUUCUGAGCUUCGUCCCUGCCCCCGAUGGGAAGGGCUUCCGGAUGCUUCUGGCCAGCCCUGCGGCCUGUUUCAGACUCUUGCAGGAAAAGCAGAAGUUGGGGCACGGCCGGGCACUCCUGUUCCAAGGAGUUGUCGGUGAUAGGAGGGUCCAGCCCAUCUCAAUAAACCAGGUCCUCUCCAAUGAACGCUUUAUCAGCUACAACAAGUUUGUGCAGAGCUGCAUCGACUGGAACCGUGAGGUGCUGAAGCGGGAGCUGGGUCUGGCCGACUGCGACAUCAUCGACAUCCCCCAGCUCUUCAAGACGGAGAGGAGAAAGGCAGUGGCCUUCUUCCCUGACUUGGUGAACAUGCUGGUGCUAGGGAAAUACCUGGGCAUACCCAAGCCCUUCGGACCCAUCAUCAAUGGCUGCUGCUGCCUGGAGCAGAAGGUGAGGUCCCUGCUGGAGCCACUGGGCCUGCACUGCACCUUCAUUGAUGACUUCACUCCGUACCACAUGCUGCAUGGGGAGGUGCACUGUGGCACCAACGUGCGCCGGCAGCCCUUCCCUUUCAAGUGGUGGAACAUGGUGCUCUGA